AUGGUCCAUCCCACUGUGCUCUUCAACAUGGAGUUUGAUGGCAGGCCUUUGUGUCAUGUCUCCUUCGAGCUGUUGGCACACAAAGUUACUAAGACAGCAGUAAACGUUCAUGCUCUGAGCACUGGAGAGAAAGGAUUUGAUUAUAAGGGUUCCUCCUUUCACAGCAUAAUUCCAGGAUACGUGAAGGGUGGUGACUUCACCCAUAAUGGCACUGGUGGCAAGUUGAUCUAUGGGGAGAUAUUUGAGGAUGAGCACUUCAUCCUGAAGCACACAGGCCCUGGGAUCUUGUCCAUGGCAAAUGCUGGACCAAACACAAAUGGUUCUCAAUUUUUCAUUUGCACUGCCAAGACUGAGUGGUUGAAUGGUAAACACAUGGUCUUUGGGAGGGUGAACAUUGCGGAAGCCAUGGAGGGCUUUGGAUCCAGGAAUGCCAAGACCAACAAGAAGAUCACCAUUUCCAACUGUAGACAGCUCUAUCACUUUGGACUUAUGUGCAUCUUAACCACCAGACUAUUCUUUCUGUUGCUCAGGAGAACACCCUCCCUCCCAUCUGCUCUCAAUACCCCAUAA